AUGGACAACCAUGAAUUCGGCCAUACCUUGGCCACGUCGAGGCAUGGAGAUGGCAAUGGGCAAGGUGUGACCUUGUUGAGGACAAGUUCAGUUAGUGAAGGUUGGGAAGAGGAGGAGGAACCGAGCUGUACUUUGACAACUCAGAGUUUUCCUAAUCUGAAUGAGGGGGACAUCAGGGCAUUAUCUGCUAUGGCCAAUGAGGAAGAAAUCAAAACAACGGCUUUUGAUCUAGGGGUUCAAGGCACCAAGACCCGAUGUAAAGAAGCCUUGCAACAUAAAGGAGUUCCGGCCCAUAUCACUUUGCAAUGUAAGCUACAGAUUGUGACAAAAGUGAUUACUCACAGACUCAAGAACAUCCUUCCCAAGGUGGUUGGGCACCAACAGUGUAGUUUCAUUGUAGCAAGACAAAGUAGUGAUAGUAUUAUCACAGCCCAGGAAAUUAUUCACUCUAUGAAAAUCAAGAAAGGGGAAAAAGGAUGGUUAGCUGUUAAAGUAGAUUUGGAAAAAGCUUGUGACAAAUUGGAGUGGAGUUUCAUCGUAGACACUCUUAAAGAGAUGGGGCUUGAAGAGAAGAUAUGUAAUGUUAUCAUGGCAUGUAUCUCUACCUCUUCAUCCCUGAUCCUUUGGAAUGGUGAGCAAACCGAGAAAUUUAGAGCCAUAAGGGGCAAUCAACAGGGUGACCCUAUUGAAGGGAAUUGA